CGAUUCCGAACUCCAAAUGCUCCUUAUCCUUCUUCUUUGAGGGAGAGAGCUAGGAGCGAUAGAGAGCAAUGGCGAGUGAAUACAGAUGCGUGGGAUGUGGGUUUAGGGUUAAGUCAUUGUUCAUUCAAUACUCUCCGGGUAACAUUCGUCUCAUGAAAUGCGGAAAUUGCAAGGAAGUAGCAGACGAAUACAUCGAGUGUGAACGCAUGAUUAUUUUCAUCGAUUUAAUCCUUCACAGACCAAAGGUAUAUAGGCACGUCCUCUCCAAUGCAAUUAAUCCAGAAACUGUCAAUAUUCAGCAUCUGUUGUGGAAGUUGGUCUUUGCGUAUCUUCUUCUAGACUCUUAUAGAAGCUUGUUACUGAGAAGAGUUGAUAACAAAUCAAGCUUUUAUGAGAGCUCGUUUCUUAUAUGUUUAAAGGUUCUAAUCAGCGUUUUAUCUGCAAACGCUGCAUUUAUCUUAUCUUUUGCCAUUGCUGCUAAAUGUUUGCUAAAUGAAGUUUCUAGAAGAAGAGAUAUUAUGUUGGGGAUAUUGAUCUCCAGUUACUUCAAGAUCUUUCUGCUUGCUAUGUUGGUAUGGGAGUUCCCAAUGUCAGUGAUCUUCAUUGUUGAUAUACUUAUCUUAACAUCAAACACCAUGGCUCUUGAAGUGAUGACUGAAUCAUCAACGACCAGAUGCAUAGCCGUAUGCUUAAUCGCGCACUUGGUUAGAUUCUUGGUGGGUCAGAUCCUUGAGCCGACAACAUUCUUGACACAACUUGGAUCUCUGGUGCAUCUGUCUUCUUUGUUCAGAAUCGCAUGAUCCAGACAUCUUCCAUUAUAGUCUUUUGCUACAAUUUGGGUACGUGUAAAGAGACACUACACCAUGGAGACAUUUGAAGAUACUUGGGCUAAUGAAGUAUCCCCCAUGGGUAUAGAAGCUUUGGGAGAGCUGACACCAACAUGCGCUUUCUUUUUGUUUUUUGUUUUUACUCGAAAAGUUCUUUUGAUGCUUAAAAGAGAGAUGUGGAUACUUUACACAAUGACAAUGUGGGGAUCUCUUCAUUAUUCACAGCAUACACUAGUUGUACGAUUA